CCCCGCCCCGCCGCCCGUCGCAGGUUCGCGCCCCUGGGUGGCGGCGGGUGCGGACGGGCGCGGCGCGCUUCCUCGGGCCGGCGAAGGCGCCCUGCAGCUUCCCCUCAGCCGCUCCUGUGCACGCAGCAGGGAUGUACAUGCAGGUGCAGACGCGCUCCAGCUCCUGCCUCCACCUCAGGAGGGCCCCCGGCGUGCGCUCCUGGUCCCUGCUGGUCGGGAUCUUGUCCAUCGGCCUGGCUGCUGCCUACUACAGCGGAGACAGCCUGGGCUGGAGGCUCUUCUAUGUCACGGGCUGCCUGUUGGUGGCCGUGCAGAACCUGGAGGACUGGGAGGAAGCCAUCUUCAACAAGAACACCGGCAAGGUCAUCUUGAAGACCUUCAGCCUCUACAGGAAGCUGCUGACUCUUCUCAGAGCCGGCCACGACCAGGUGGUGGUCCUCUUGAAUGACAUCCGGGACGUGAACGUGGAGGAAGAGAAGGUCCGAUACUUCGGGAAGGGCUACACGGUGGUGCUGCGGUUUGCCACAGGCUUUUCCCACCCUCUCACCCAGAGUGCCGUCAUGGGCCACCGCAGUGACGUGGAAGCCAUCGCUAAGCUCAUCACCAGCUUCCUGGAGCUGCACCACCUGGAGAACCCCUCGGAGUUGUCUGAGAGCAGCGACAGCGAGGCUGAUGGUCCCGGGAGCCAGAGCUGACAGCCCAGGCUGGCCACGGGGCCCCUCCCGGCCUCACGUUCCAGUCACGCCUGCAGCUGAGUGGCUGCCGCAGGGCCUGCUCAGAGAGCUGCUUGUGCCUUCUGGCCCUGCUGCGUGGACCCUGCACAGAACCACAGGCUGCACCUUUUCCGAGGGCAGGGCCAGGGGGCGCUGGUGGGGGUCUGCUAGGGGAUGUAGGGUGGGGUGCUAUGUCCAGGGAGGCCACAGGGCUGCAGGACCUGAAGUCACUUCUCGGAGUCGGGCAGCAGCCCUGGCGGUGGCACAGCCGGUCUAGGUGGACCCAUCCAUGGCCUCUGAAACAAAGAGGACACCUGGGCUUUCUCCAGCGUGAUGACCACAGGCUACAGGAACGCCCAGUGCUGGGCCAGGCUGCUCUGCGGACACCCCCAUGGCCAGGAGCUUCCCCAGGGCAGCCCCGGCUGCCAGGGAGGGGGCAGAUCCCUGGGCACCCCUGCAGGAGGCAGCCUCUCCCCAUGGCCCGCUUUUCCUGCGCCCCGGCCCAGACAGCUGUCUCCGUUCUCACCAGCACAGCAGCUGGGCUGUCAGCCUGGGCGGGAGCAUCCACUUCCUCCCCUCAGCCUGGGCCGAAGCGUGUGUUGAGAACGCGAAGUGACUCGUGCAGUGUCUCGCAGAGCUGAGAAGGGGGUUCUUGCACCGGAGUUCCAGCCCCUCUGGAACCCUGGAAGGCUCAGCAAGAGGGUGAGCCCUGGGCUGCAGCCAUCCCCCAGGGAUUGAGAGCCGCCAUUCUCCCAAGAAGCCCAGGGCUCUCCAAGGCACAGUGUGUGCCAAGAGUGCCCACCUGGCUGCCUGCCCCUGGCCAUCCCCAUGAGCCUGCACACUGGAUUAGCCAGGCUGCAGUCACCCAGAGGCAGGGUGGAAAGCCACCGGGGAGAGGUGGUGAAUGAGGUCCUCCGGACAGUGCUGCCCUGCAGCCCCUGGGAGGGCCGUGGCCAUUUAAAUGCGGAGUUGGCUUCUAAGUGGGUGGGUCUGGAGUGGCUGUGGGCCACGC